UUGUCUUCGGUGCGUCGCUGAGAGUGAAUGUGUACAAGCGUAGGAGACGGUAUUUUCCUUUUUUCGUCUACUCAGAAUCUCAUUAACCGGUUUGGCGUCUUUUUUCAAAGUGUGAAUCUUAAAAAGAAAAUACCCUACAACUUAAAAACCAAAAUAAAUACAAAAAAACACCCUCUGUGAAAUAAAAUUCCACGUUGAGUUAAGAUACGUCACGCUUAAGUAAGUUUCGUCUCGUUACAUGUCGUCAUUAAAAACGUGAUGUAAACUAACUUAUAAAGCCUCGCGUUUUCUUUUUGUUUUGACAACACUGAUUAGUAUCAGUUUGAUAUAAAAGUAAUAAUUGCCUGUUGCUUAUAGAGUCCGUUAAUUUAUCGACGACUACGAUAUGCAUCAAUAACGAGGCGGAGGGAAGACUCAAACCUAGUUACUUGGAAUUCAUCACAUGUGACUAUCUUUCCUUUUGUAGGAUUGAAAUAGAAAAAUAAGGAAAUAGUGUUGGAUAUUGGAUCCCUUCAUCAAGUGAUACAAAAUCAUCUUCCCGCUUCAUGCUCCUUUUAGCCCCGAUAACAAUUUUCAAGUGAUAAAUUUAUAAAUAAAAAUUGAAUAAUUCUUAAGAAAUAAGUAUUUUUAACCGUUAUAUGUAGGUACAUAUAGAAAGACCGCGAACCUAGAUUUGUUGACACAAACACAAUCUGGUUGGAAAGCCCGAAGCCCUGAGAAACCGAAACAGACAGUUUCUUUGUUAAAUAAAAUAAACAACAACAAAAGUUUUCAAAAAAAUAAAAAAAAAUAAAGCUUAACAUUUGGCUUCGUACGUUGAAGAUUAAAAACAACACCAAGCGUUAAGCGUGUUUGUGUAAUCGUUUCAUUUCAUCGCUCAAUAUUCGAGUGAAGUUGUUUUUGUUUUCUAUAUUAUUUUGUGCGGGUUUUUGAGUUUGUGUCGUUUUUAAUGUGCUUCUGUUAAAAAAUAUCAAAAAAUCAUCACAAAAGUUUUCAAACAUCAAAUAUUUUUAAGGGAAUUCAAGAAAUAGGAAAGAUUCCUACAUUAAGCCUUUGGAUAAUUAUAAAAAUCAAUUUUUUAAUUGAUUACAACGGAGGUUUUUCUUAGCUCAAGAUCAAGAAGUUUAUAGCUCAAGCUUCGUUAAUAACAUUUUAUUAAUUUGCAACAGAUAUCAUCAUUUUGGAAAUAUUAAAGAACUAAGGAUUACCUAGUGUUUGAAGAAAAGUUAAAUUCGUUCAUCCUUCAAACCAGGAAUCAGUAUUCAACAAAGAGAAACAGAAGUCCGUCGUUUUUGGAAUACCCAUCGCAUAGGUACCAUGAAAAGACCCAAUUGAAAGGCUUUAGCUGGAUGCGGUAUAGCUCUUCCAUACAUACAAACCUUCAUUUUUGUAUAAACAAAAAUACACAAAGAUCUUAAACGUUCAUAGAAAACAGAAUUUAAUCAAUCCAUCGGAAUAAAAAUGACGCAAAAUCGCUGCAUCAGCAGCGUCCUGCUGGCAAUUUCAAUGAUCUUCCUGUCCAUUGUCCAAAUGACGGCGUUUAGCUCAUCGUCGCGCUUAGCUUUCACAAUGAAAAUGCGAGAAGACUGUCAAGAUAUGUCCAGAACCUCACAAUGUUAUUGCUCGCCGAUGCUGAACGAAUUCGAGAUCGCCUGUCCUGGUCAAGGAAUCGAUCCCAAAAUAAUGAUUCGCAUUCAGCAGAACCACCACGUUCAAAUCGACUGCUAUCACAUCGAUUCUUCCGAAUACAGCCUCCUGCCGAAGAUGUAUAUCGGAAGUAAUCCGACUUUACAAAUGCGACAAUGUCCACUGCCGCCGAUGCAACCCUUCCAGAGUAUUAUUGCAAGACUGGGCAUCACGCAGGUAACGGGCCUGCUGUUCGAAAGUGGCGAACUCGGUGGGACACUGUCUCGUGUUCACUUCAAGGGACUCAACGAUCUCCGUCGGUUGAGACUCAGCUCGAACGGUCUCUCAACUCUGCCAGAAGAUGUUUUCGCCGAUAUAAAGAAUCUCACAUGGCUGGAUCUUCAUUCAAAUAAGGUCGAACUGCCACAGCUUAUAUUUGCUGGUUUGGAAAACCUAAACAUCCUGGAAUUGGGACACAAUAAUCUGCAAGAUCUCCCACCAGGCAUAUUCCGCCAUCAAAAAAAACUCAUUCAUCUAAAUCUCUGGAGUAACAAUCUGACGAAUCUCAGCAAGGAAGCCUUCGAAGGGGUAUCGUCAAUAACUGAUCUCGAUUUGAGUGCAAAUAAUAUUGUCACCUUCCGUCCGGAUGUGUUCACCCAUCUUAAGAAUCUCACCAAUAUCAAUCUCAAUGGAAACUACUUCCAAUCUCUACCGGAAGGCCUUUUCGCCGAAAACAAGAAUCUCUCUAUGUUCCGUUUGGGUAAUAACCGUGUGCCCCUGAAGAAACUCCCAUCGGGAUUGCUUUCUAAUUUACCAAAUCUGCGGGAAGUUCGUAUCAGCUGCGACCUGGAGACCAUUCCCCCCAAGACAUUCGCCAAUUCUACAGCGAUUAGAAAUAUAACAAUUACUGACAACAAUCUGACCGAACUGCCGUACAUUCUCUUUGCCGACCAAAUUGAGCUGAUCGACUUGGAUCUUUCGAGGAAUAAGUUGACUUCCCUGCCCGAGGACAUCUUCCACAACACUAGAAAUCUGAUUGUUCUUCGCCUCUCGCACAAUCAACUCACCAAUGUUUCUGGUGAAACGUUUAGCUCCUUGGAGAAUUUGGAAAUUCUGUUCAUGGACAACAACAAUCUACUGACUGUUAGCUCGAAGGCCUUUUCCCGCACCCAAAAACUGUCCUACAUCAAUAUGGAGAACAACCAGAUCCGUCUUCAUGAAUCCUUUAAUACAUUAAUUGGCGAUCAAUUCGAUAUCUCUUCUCCAUUCCAGUCUUUACUUGAGCUGCGAACACUCAAUUUGAGAAACAACUCUAUCCGUCACAUUUUCAACGACUGGAGACUUACCAAUCUGAAGCUUGAAUACCUGGAUCUUAGUUAUAAUCACAUUAACAUGAUCACUGAAAAUGAUCUUCUAUACUUGAGCAGACAGAUCUUCGUCAAUUUGACGCACAACAACAUCUCGAGGAUAAACUUCUCCGGAGUCGAUUUCAUAGACCUUGAUCCCUUGGAGCAAAAAAUUCAAGCUGCCGUAAGUUAUAAUCCUUUCUACUGUGAUUGUGAACCGCUAUUCUUUGUUCAAUAUCUGAAUGGGUAUUUGGGAAAAGAGAUGAGAGAUGCCCUCAAAAUAUCGGCUAAAAAUCUUGAAUGUAGUGGUCCAGAGAAUUUGAAAGGUCGUUUGGUGCAAGAUCUAUCACCGAUGGAACUUCUCUGUCCGUUGGAAUAUGAACGGGAACGUUGUCCCGAGGGAUGUGAGUGUAUGGUUCGACCAUUCGAUAGGGUUCUCAUUUUGAACUGCUCCAAUGCUAGAUUCACUAAGAUUCCCAUUCUUCCAACAUUAAAUACUCCCAAUUCUAACGGAACUAUCCUCUAUGUGGAAAACAAUAAUCUCUCGAGUCUUCCCAAUCUUACGGCACCCGGAUAUGCUAACGUAGUCCAUCUCUAUGCAGCUCAUAACAAUAUCUCUCAGAUUGAUGUACAAAAUCUCCCCAAGAAUCUCAGGACCUUGGAUUUGUCUUAUAACAAAUUUAUCGCCCUCAACUCGAGUGUCCUGGAGUAUUUCAACAAAAGCAAAACAAUCCAAUCCUUAUCGCUGAGUCAAAAUCCAUGGCUGUGUGAAUGUGAAUCUAAGGGUCUGCUGGAGUUCGUGCAAUGGAACUUCAAGAAGAUCCCCGAUCUCAAGCUAAUGCUGUGUUCGAGUGGCGAGAAGUUCCAGGCAUUAUCCAUCAGUACAAUCUGUCCGUUCGAGGAGAACCUUGUGAUAGCGAUGAGCAUGCUCAUUGCGCUGAUUGGACUUACCCUGGGAGUUUUGGCGGCAUUGUACUAUAAAUACCAAGUCGAGAUUAAGGUCUGGCUGUAUGCCCAUAACAUGUGUUUGUGGUUCGUCACGGAGGAGGAACUCGACAAGGACAAGAAAUACGAUGCCUUCCUCUCAUACUCCCAUCAAGACGAAGACCUGGUGGCGGACUAUCUGGUGCCGGAACUCGAGAAUGGCCCAACCCCAUUCAAGUUAUGUCUGCAUCUUCGGGACUGGGUUGUGGGCGAGUUCAUUCCCACUCAGAUUGUGCGUUCGGUAGAUGAAUCACGAAGAACCAUCGUAGUGCUGUCGCCAAACUUCAUCGAAUCAGUGUGGGGCAGAAUGGAAUUCAGAGCUGCACACACAGCUGCCUUGAACGAGGGCCGAGCAAGGGUGAUUGUGAUACUCUAUGGAGACAUUGGCAACAUUGACGAUUUGGACCCUGAAUUGAAGGCCUAUCUGAAGAUGAACACAUACGUGAAAUGGGGUGAUCCAUGGUUCUGGGACAAGCUUCGCUAUGCCAUGCCCCAUCCAUCGAACAACAUAUCUGGACUCGUCAAAACCGCUCUCAAAAGUUCUACAGAUGAUAAACUGGAACUCAUCAAACCCUCCCCAGUAACGCCUCCCCUAACAACUCCACCUGCCGAACAAGCCGGAAAGAACCCCCUCGUAGCGAAGCUUAAUGGAACCAACGGGGCAAUCCCCAAUGGCAAUGGGGUCCAACCCUAUUAUCUCAAUGGAAAACUUCCCAACGGUCAUAAUGGACACAUCAACGGAGCCUUCAUUAUCAACACAAAUGCCAAGCAGAGUGAUGUAUAGGACAGACUAGACUUCGGAACCCAUUACCAUCUAGAGCAGUUGUGAACAAAAAUGUAUUUUUAAACAAAAAGAGAGAGACUAAAGAACACCCCCCCAAAAAAGAAAACAUAAUUAUGGACACAAACUAUCUUUAUCCUUGAUGUGCAUUAUUUACAAAAUGAAACAACUUAAAAAACUAUAUAAAAACAAUUUAAAAAACUAAAUCAAGUUAUCGUCUUUUAAAAUUAAAAACUCCUUCUUAAACCCAAACAAACAUGGCAGAUGCGGACGAGUUUGAGCUCCAAGAAGUUUGAUGAAAACGAAAACAUCGCUGCACAUUUUCCAAAAGAUGACGUCUUGACGUGUCGUCGCGUCUCGCGUGCAGCUAAAAGAUUUUAACACAUGAAUAUGUCGCAAAUUAAUAAAAACAAGAAUCAUUAAUUUUAAGAACUGACGCUCAAAAUAAUAUUAUUUUUUAUAUAUAAAAUAUAUUUCCUAAUUUUUGAUUUAAUUUUAUUAUUUAAGUUUUAUUUUCUUUUUGAAAUAUAAACAAAUAAAAUUUAAAAAAAUUAAAUAUAUAUUUAUACAAGUGAAUAGAUAUUUAAAAUAAAUAAAAAGAAAUCUCAAUUUAAGUGUUAGAAUAUUUAAAAUAAAAAUAUAUUUCCUAUUUAAUAGAAUCUUUUGCAUUUUCACCUAGUGUAUAAUUAUGUAUAGUUUUCUAUGUGUUUUUUUUAAUAUUCUCAUUUGAAAAUUACUUUUUCUUAAAAUUUAUUAUUAUUAAAAAAAGAAAACAAAUAAAUUGUUAAAAAUGAACUGAAACAUGUUUUGAUAUAUUUUAUUUUUGAUAAACUUUAAUUUCAUUUCAAUAUAAAAUAAAAAAAUAAAAUAAAUAAAAUUAAGGUUUAAACAUUAAGACAAAAAUCAUAUAUAUAUAUAGUAUAUUAAAUAUAGGAUAGUAUCUAUAAUUAACAUAAUAUUAUUAUGUAAUUUAGGAGUAGGUAUGUGUAAAACAUGAUGGAUAAAAGAUGAAGAUGAUAAAAUGAUAAAUGGCCUUUUUUAUAUCGAAUAUUAUAGUGGAUACGUUUUCUUGUAAAUAAAAAUACGAAAGAAAUUAUAAUAAGAAAAAUAAAACAAAAACAA